AUGCCAAGGCCAGAGCCUGUACCUUUCAUUAAUUAUUCUGCUCAGAAUUCACGUGGAUCCUCUAUCAGAAAUAUCGAUGAGCUCAACGAUGCAGUUAGGAGCACUAUUGAACUUUUGGUAUCCUCUAAAAUGUAUACGGGAGUGGGUCAGAUUCAGAGUACACUUUUUAGAGAAUAUCCGGACGCAUUGUCAUUCGUUCAGAAUAAUCGUUUGCAUCCUAAUGGGAUUCCAGCGAUCCUUAAUCAUCAACAAUUAAUACAACAUGUCAAUGCUAUCGCAUGGGGAUACGCCGUCGUCAAUCCAAUAGUGACACUGGAAGACUUGAAUAAAUUGUUAAAGUUGGAGAUUCGAGGUCUGAUCAGGAAUAUGGGCCCUAUCUAUAAUCUUCCGGUUGCCUUGGAACUCUGUGGUGUUUAUGAGUUUCAUCGAUCUGUGAAGAAUGCUUUUGUAUUGGAGGAUGAAGCAAGUGUGUUCAGACCUUCGACGCAGGUUAUUCUGGAUGAGCUCAAUGCUUGCAUUUGCAAGAAGCGGCAUCAAGCGCCAACUACCAGCCUUCGUUCUUUGUAUCGGUGGUGGGAAGCAGUCUUCACUCGACACAUGCUUAUCUAUUUCAGUGAUCCUUGCGUGUCGAAUGAUGAAGAAAACUUCAACUCUUGUGAUUUUCACUUUUCUCUACUGGGUCCCUAUGGAAUCAGGAUCAAAGGGUUCUCGAAAUUAAUUGAGUCUGUAAUUAAGGCAUUGUGUCCAAACGGCCUUUUAAAAGCCUCAAGAAAUGCUGAAUUAAUGAUGGAACGCAGUAUAAAGGCGAUUUAUCAGAAGUUUACGGACAACGUCAUCAGUAACCGUGCUAUUGCUGAAUUGAGACACCAGAAACCGAAGGCAGCUCUUCGAAAACUAGCGCGUAACUGCAGAAAUCUUCACACUAAUCUUGAGGCCUGGGCAAAAGAAAAUAACCUCGCAUGGCUCCCUCACUAUCUUGAUUCCCUUCUUUCCUUUGCGGAUUUUCUUGAUAGCUUCGCCAGGAAGGGGCCACUCAAGUCUAUUUUGCACUUGGUGCUGACAUACUGUGACUCAGAAGCAUUUAACCCUGAAGUAAUGCCACCUAAAUUGCAAGAAGGCGUCGUCGUUAAUGUCGACACUGAUGCUGUAUCGGUAAUUGAUUCGCUUGGGGAAGAUGGGGUGGGGAUGAGGAGGGGGAAGUCACUGGCCGACGUCGUCAAGUGUUUUAACGACUUUUAUGAGACAUUUUCAAAUGCCAUCACCACUGAGUCGGUGGAUCCACGAGUGCCCUGGCAACGCUUGGCGGACCUGGAAAGGCAGUUCAACAUAUCUUCUGGUAAAACCCUCCUCACUUUGCUUGCUGAUGCCUCCGCCGAGGGAUUUGAAGGACUAAAACCAAAGUGCCUGUUUAUCGAUGGGAAGUUAAACGGCACCCAACUGCAGGUGCAACAGUCAAUCGAAGCAGAGCCUCAAACCUCGGAAGUAGGGGCGAUGACGGAUGUUUCUCGCAUCUGGGGUUUCCUUCGUCAUCUCACCUACCUGACGGAGCGUUCCGCUGAGGCUUUGAUGGACGUGACGAUAGAGCAUCUGAACAUUCCAAGGUCUCCAAGUGUUUUGCAGUCGAUUCGAUGCAUUCUCACUGAUGCUUGUGUUUCUCCAGCUAAGUAUCAUUUCUUGGUUCACCCUCAGGAGUGGAGUUUCUUGAGUGCCCGGACAGUGAGCUCACAAAUGCCCUCGAAGUUGUUCACCCAGCGCUCCGUCGUCUUGCGUCUACUCGCUUCAUGUCCGGUCCUCGAGAAUCCUGAGGAUUGGAGCCUUUGGUCCCUCUGCCCUGCCUCUCUCGCCGCCCACUGGGGCCCCUUUGAUGAAUUCCUAGCUGAUGUCGCCGCUGACACCGAAAUCUGCGAGAAAUACAAUCUGGCUGUAAUCAAAGUUGCUGGCAAUGGAUACAUUCGCCUGAGCACUAAUGCAUCACCAGAUGACCUUGACACCAACCUGUCAGAGUGCGCCUCGGGAGUGAACGGUGAGGUGGGAUGUACCGCAGCUCGUAAACUCUGCGAUUUGCUGAUUGGAUCAAUUCUCCUUGUGAAUCGGUUCAUCCUUCCGAAUGAUUGCGUCAACAUCGUUAGUGCUAACUUGAGAUCGAUCCCACUUCAAGACGUAUGGCACCAUUUUAUCCGCCGUAUAAUUCUCGCAACACCCUUAUCAUUGCUCGGCGUUCUAUUUUCUAAGGUUCUCCUUCCCGCACUCGCGAAGAGUUUUGUGCUGGAGGAGGGAGGAGGUCUCGAAGACCUCUUGAGAUCGGUAACGGAAUUGCGUGAGAGGGACCGUAUAGUCACUGGCAUCGGCGUCAUUGGUGGCCAACUUGGCUGGUUGCAGUGGGUAGACAUCUUCAAGACGCAUCGCCUGUCGGCUGCUGAAUAUACGGAUUGCACACCAUCUUGCCGAGCCACUAAGAGCCUUAUUUUCAAUUCUCUGGAGCGUUCUCACGAAAUACCGCUUCCAUCCACAGAAACUUUAUCGAUUGCUGUAACAGAACCUUCUUCGAAAGACGUGAUAGAGUUUGAGACUUCUUCCAUGGAGGGCUCUGCAACUGGUGAAGAAAAGACUGAAUGUCGUGAAUUCAUAGAAAAUCUCAGAAGAACCGAAUUCGGUCUGGGAAUCGAUUUAGAUGCCCAGGCUUCAAGUCUUCUUCGUUGCCUCGAGGGUCGCCUCCGUCGUAGCCUGGAUCACCUCUCACGCGAGCUGUAUGGUCAGCGGGGGCAUUUCAUGUUGGAACUGAUCCAGAACGCCGACGACAACGUUUACGCGUCGGAUGUCACACCGAGCGUUCACUUCCUCCUCUCCCCAGCUGUCCUCACGGUGCUCAACAACGAGGCCGUUGGCUUCUCCCCAGCCGAUAUCUCCGCUCUCUGCGACAUUGGCAUGAGCACCAAGAUUGGGCAUCGCGAGGACAAGAUUGGUCGCAAGGGUAUCGGUUUCAAGUCGGUCUUUGCGGUAUCUGAUGCACCCGAGGUGCACUCCAACGGCUUCCACGUGCGUUUUCAUCGCUGCCAAAAAUCUGAUGGCACUCUCAUCUCCAUCCUCACACCCGAAUGGAUUGCCUCACCCUCCUCUUGCAAUUCGGAGAGGGAGUGGAGAACUCUAUUUAGACUGCCCCUCCGCCCAGCCACCCAAGUUUCCUCGGCUUGUGCAGAGUCUGUCUUGACGUUUGCUCGCCACCUCCUUACUCAUCACCUUCUUCUCUUCCUGCGACGCAUCGAUUACAUCGCUUUCGAGACCUCUGAUCUGUCCAUCAACCUGGAUAUCCGACUGGAGAGAAAGAGUAGGCUAAUCCUCACACUGGGUGGUCCCAAUCCCUCCUCCCUCAAACUCUUCACCAUCACAGGAGUGUGUAAUGGAUGUCAACAGAUUUCGAAGUGGCUUUUUCUCCGACAUAGCGUCUCCGUUGCUGUGGAAAGGUUGAAGCGACUUUCUGGAGGCUCAUCUGAACUUGAGGCUAUUCCACGUCAGACUGAUAUCGCGAUAGCCAUUCCCCUAUCAAACGAAGUCCCGCCUUCCACUUUUCCACUCUAUGCAUUUCUCCCUAUACGAAGCGCUGGAUUCCAGUUUCUACUUAAUGCCGAUUUUGAUUUGACUUCUUCACGAGAGGAUGUUGACGAGAGCAGUGUGUGGAAUCAGUAUCUGGUUAACCAAAUUCCUGCUGCCUUUGAAAGCCUCAUAAAUUGUGUCAUUAAGAUGUCGUCUUUCGACGGGAUUCCACUGACGCAAUAUGAGAUUUUGGGACGAAUUCUCGAGUGCCUUCCCAUAAAGAAUCGUACAAGCACCACAGCAAUGGGAAUAUUUGCUUGUCUGGGGGAAAAAAUUUGUGAGAAGCUGUCCAGUAUUCCCUGGUUUCCUGUACUGAGCGAGGCUAAAUUUUCACUCCCUAACAAAGUCCUUCUUAGCUCGCAAAACUUGCUUCAGGUCAGUGAUUCAGUGGCCCCGGAGACAUAUCUGUUUCGCCUUCUGAUUGACCGGCUGGGCAUGUACGAGUUGGAGCAGACAUUUCUCGUGCCCCCUCGGAUCGCUGCUAAUGAUGAGGAGGUGGACGUAGAGUCGAUUGCUUCGUUGGAGCAGCGCAUGGAAAAGCUCUUUUGUCUCGGGGCACGCCGCAUUUCUGCCGAUGCUCUUAUUGAGCUGGCUUCCACCUUGUCCGCAGGCAAGAGCACAACAUUUGCAUUUGCAAACGCUCUAAAUCGACCGGGCGUCCUUUACGUCCUGCUAGCAAACAUCGACUCACAUCUGCGUUCCGCUUCCUCCUUCCACCAACAGUACCAUCGCACGUCCUUGACGGACCGUGCAGCUUGGCAACGUCGAUGUUUGCGUAGUCUUCGUGGUGUGCGCCUCUUCCCCCUCCUUGACGGGCGUCUGGUCAGUCUGGAGGAGAUUGCUGAUGCGAUGGCAGACAGCAGUGGAUUAUUGAGACAUCGAAAUAGUCUCAUGAUUCCACCCAAACCACCAUAUUCUUCGAAAGACCAACUGAAGAGUGUCUAUGGUGACUACCUGCAAUUGCUUAGCCGUCUCGGGCCAUUGCUUUCGCCCUCAUCCAUCUACCCCAUGGACAGUACAUCUCUCGAACUGCCAAGGCUAUUGACGGCUUCGGACGACGGGUUAGGACUCAUUGUAGCCAAUUCAUCUCUCGACGUCAUCAACCGUUGGAUAGUCUCGCGUCAACCCGAUUUCAAUCUCGAGAGCACACAGGACGCUGAUUGGUUUAUUGCGGCAGCGCAGCUGAUUAUCCAUGCUGGCCACUUGGAUGAGGUGUUAAUUUCCCGCCUGCCAAUUGUUUGUGAGGCAGCAAAGUCAUUGAAAUUGUUCAAUCCAAGCGCCGAUGUGGCUUUUCUGUCUCCUGUCUUUCUCAAACACGUCCCGGACACGGAGGAGCAUGAGAUUAUGUCGUUGUGUGUGGAAACGGUGGCGCAAAACGAUUUGCAGGAGGGAGGGGGAGGCUCUAUCUUGCUGGCAUCUUCUAACUACUUUUCUUCAUGUGGUCCAUCGCUGGAGUUGGAUGGUCCCGAAGCUUGUAGCAAGUGGCAGAGCUUGUUUUUAAUUGCUGGACUUUCCACUAUCCAAACACUUCAUCUUCGAAAAUAUCGACUGAGCGUUGCUCCUGCCCACCUUCCACCUCUUCCAUCCACUCACACUUUGAAACUGUCGCCUGCUUUGAUCAGUUUGGAGGGUGAGGGAGACACCGUUAUUGAGGAUUGGACAUGUCCAGGUCUCGAGAAUCUCGUGCUGCCGUGGAUUGAACAAACAACUGAACGAUUCGGCCUAAAUAAGUCAGCAAAGGUUGUUUGCGAAAAGCUGGCAAUGCUGCUGAGUCGAAAUUGGGACCAGUCUUUCGAGAGGUACGCUCUGGCCGUUGCUUACAAAGUGACCGACGCCAACAGAAGAGGGGAGAUGGGAAGCGAGAAUGAACGAGUUGUCCUCGGCGCUUCCUCAUGGUUGCAGGCACUGCGCACGCGCAGAUGGCUUGCCCUCACCUUGGCUGUCAAUACCGACGACGGUGAUGGAGGUUUGCCAGAGCUUGUCGCAGCGGCGGAUAAUUACCGUUCCGCCACGGCAGCGACCAAUUUCGUCUCCACGCCCCCCAUCUACGCACCUGCCGUGUUUACGGAAGGAAAUGGUGUUACCGUUCCCCUCCCUCUUUUUGCUCCCCUCUGCCCCCUCUGGCAGUCCUUUCAGACUUCUGAGGAGCCUCCAGCACCCGGUCUACUCACUGCUCUUGGGGUGAAGCAGAUCUUGGAUGAGUCCAUUUUUCAGCACCUAAUGGACUACCUUUUGAAGGACCCAUGCAAUCUACCAAACACUCUGACCGUGGAAACCAUUCUUCAAGUCUACGGUCUGGCGCUUCAAGCCCUUGGAGAUACACGUUCCGACAUACUGCAUCGCAUCUUCAGUUCCGCCCUCCUCGUCCCCUGCAGCGCAGCGCACACCGCUCGCAAAAAGCGCACAAAGCUCGUUGAUGACGUGGACCUCGACCGACAAGAAGAGGAGUCGGCCACUGAUUGUCCCUUCUGUAUGCCCCAAGUCAAAAGUCAGCGUCGGAAGAGGCAUUCUUCAGACACGCUUUCCUACCACUUGGUUCCUGCGCGCCGCACCUGUUGGGAAAAGAUACGGCUACCUCCCCUCGACCGCGUUGGUGUCGUUCGUGCGGUCAAAUGCGACGUGGAAAUGGAAGUGGAUGAGGAUGACGAGUGUGUACAAGUUCCUGUGCCUUCAAUGAACCCAGCUUCGGUUGUUGCUCCAUGCUGCUCAUCUUUCGAUCGACGAGUGCCACUGUGUGAUAUAUACGGGUCCGAGUGGAAGAGCUUCUUUUGUGGGGUUUUGGGGGUGCCUCUGACAUCCUCAUUGGCCGAGGUACUAUCUAAGCGUCCACUUCCGCCCUCCACCCCAUCGGACACAAACCAUGGCAACUGGCGCACCGCCCAGGAGGCGUUUGGCCGUCGCCUCGCUGCAUGGUACGCCCUCAUUAAUCGCUGCCUCGUUGCACACUCCGGCACUACCUCCAUCACCGCCGAGGAAGGUGAUGAUCUUGUCGCUACCCUACGUGAUUUCCCCCUCCUCUAUGACAUGACCGGCACUUGGCGUGUGCCCAGUCAGGUGACCUGCUCGCCGACAAGUACCGCGGACCCCGGGCUGCUAUUUGCCUGGUCUGCGGCCGAUUUGGCGACCAUGCUGCCGCCCACGUGUCUCCUCGGCCAUGGUCUGGAGAUCCUUAGGGGCGACACUGAGCUCUCAACGUCCGAAAGACAAUCUAAACCAAUGUCGGACUCGCACUUCCUUCUCCUUAAUAUCUUACGUCUGCCUGUUCUGGAGAAGUCUGUGACAGAGAGCGUGGGACUGUCUGAGGCGCAGAGCAUUCCAGUUGAUGAGGGUAGUUUGCUCAGGUUCGCAGUCCCGUCGCCAUUCCUCAACCAUCUGGUGAAAGAUUUCCGUCUCCUUACUCUUACCUGGCUCUCCUCUACCAAUGCCCACCACCACUUUACCGAUGCCGCAGCCGCUUUCACUACCACUGCCACAUCUUCAGACGACACCUUGGACGCCUUUCUGCUGCCGAAUUUGAUGGUGAGGUUGACGCUCGUUCAGUCAAUCAGCAGGCCACUAGGUGCGUUAAAGGAGUGGAAUUUCUUCGACGUCGCCUGUCGUUUCUGGGAGGGCAAGCUCUACGUGGACAAACGUUUUGAGGUGGAUUUUGCUAUCGGUGACGACAAUGACGGCACUACCUCACUCCUCUUUGGAGCCCGCAGAUCAAUUUGUAACGUGGUGCUGACGGAGUUGACCAGAGCUGUCUUUCCAACCAACCGCAGCGCUCAGAUUUCUCUCCUGCACUUCGCGAGGGGUCUCCUAAGCCUGCGGACAUCCCUAUUGUCGUCCUCAUUGCCGAGGAAAGAGGUGAUGCGUCAAUUGCACACCUAUCUUCUCUCCCAUUGCAUUCCCCGCGGUAGUCACUGUCUCCCCAAUCUCAUCCAUCGUCUCGUGCCGGUUGCGACGUCUCCAGUCUCUCCUGCCACCAUCUCCACCCCACUCAUAUCCACAAAUCCCGUUGUCGAAGCACGUUUGGACCCGAGACCAUCAUCCCAAAACCUACAGGAACACAUGAGUGUCGGCUGCUCAACCCGCUUCCAGACUCCUAUCUUCGCGGCCCUCGCCUCCGAACACGGAAGUGGCCCGAGUGUGUCGACGACGUCUACCUUUUCCGUGCGCUCGAGCUUUUUCGGAGACGAUCUGCUGGCGUGUUCCACAGGCUUGGACUCCAUUCUCUCCUGCUCCGCUCACUCCUCCUCGUACCAAAUGGACAUCGGUCGAAUGGGAGAGCAGUCAGUGUACGAGAUUUAUUUAGAGCAGAUAAGAAGAAACCAGGACUUCAACUUCCCUUCUGGCCAUCCACUCCUCGGCUCGGGUCGCCUGGUUGAGGUUCGAUGGGUCAAUGGCGAUGGAGAGUCGUGGCUUCCCUAUGACCUCAUAAUCUUCCUCGAAGUAAAUGGUUCUAUGUCUACAGCAAGAAUGGAGCUGAGUGCUGAGGUGAGAAGUAGUCUGAUCCGACAAUCCACAACUUCUCCAAACCUCCUUCUGGUCGGUCCGAUCUACGUGGAGGUUAAGUCGACGGGUGUGAUGGAGGAGGAAGUUAGAGGUGAAGGGAGACCGGAUUUCUUUGAGAUCUCCCUCGCUGAGGCGGCGUUUGCGCGCACAUCCAGCUGGCGCUACCAUCUUGUGCGAGUGCGGUGGUCUGGCGGGGCCUCUGGCGAUGCUCGAAUUCCACUGGAACCUCGGCUCGUUCACAUCCCCAAUCUCUCUAGAGCUCUAACAGAUAACCCCGCACACCACCGACUAUAUAUUGGAUUAAAACGAUAA